UAAUAAUCAACUAGAAAAAUAAACAAUUGAUGGUGUACAAUAUAACAUAAAAGAAUAAAGACAGAAUAAUUCCAGGUUUAAAUAAUAUUAAAUAACAGAAACCAUUGUGAAUCAUUUGUUAUUAUGUCUACUUGUGUUGUUUCUCUUGAAUCUUACCAUUUUUUUUAUUUGGUUACUUUGGAAGUUAUUUCCACACACACACACACACAGAGAUAUAUACACAUUAAUACAGUUAGAGACUAUUAUCCACUUUGUAUUUGUUUCAUUUUUCGUAUAUAAAUAUAAGUAAUAGAUAUAAAUUCAUUGGUGAUGACAAUCAUGAUAGUGAUGAUGAAAUCUUUAUAUUUUUUUAAAGAAUAGUACUUGUAUCUAUUUGAAAAAGUGAAAUUCGUUGUUCAAUAGAUGAAUUAGAUGCUGUCAUUGCUACCUAUGAUGUUAAUAAUAAUGAUGAUAAUGAUACUGAAUCUAAGAAACAACAAUUAUUAACUUCUUCUUCAUUAACUAAUAUUCCUUCUAUUAAUACUUCAGUAGAUUAUUUCAAUUAUUCAACGUUUACAAAUUCUCCAUCAUUAUCAAAUCAAUUAUCUUCAUUAAAUAGAACAACAAUAACAACAAAUAUGAAUUAUGUAACAUCUAUUACACAUAAUAGUAAUAUCAAUGAUUAUCAUAAUAAUAAUAUUAAUGAUAUAAAUGAAAUAAGAAAAUAUUAUUAUGGAGAUCAAAUACAAAUAAAUAAUCAAUAUGAUCAAUUAGAUGUCAACUCGUCUUCUUAUCCAACAACAACAUCAUCAUCGUCAUGUACUUUUACAAAUUAUUGUAAUCAAAUCGAACCUUCAUUUCCAUUGCCUCCACCUGAUGCAUUUGCUUCAGAGGAUUUCCCACUUCCACCAUCACCACCACCACCACCACUGCCGCCUCUACUAUCAACACCAACAUCCGAGGCAACAACAGGCUCAGCCAAACCAGUAACAUUGUUAACAAGUCACUUCUCAUCAACAACAUUUUCACCUUAUACUACCAAUUCGACAUUAACAACAUUGAAUGGCGGUAAACAUCUACAGAGCUUUCCUUCUACUAAUGGGUAUUCACAAUGUCAGCCGUUUGAUCCUAAAUGUCAUGUAGAAUCAACCAUCAACUCAUAUAAUACAAAUAAUGGACAUCAUACACAACAGUUUCAUCAUAAUAUACCCACAACAAAUUCACGAAAACCAUCAAUUCCUCAAAGAGCUCCAUCCACUCGACUAACAAGUUUACCGAGUUGGCCUAAACAUCAUGACAUGGAGACACCUAUUUCUGACACUAUGAUAACAUCUAAUGCUAUGGUCACUGGAAAUAAUGGAAUAGAUCAUUCGAAAACGAAACAUUCAGUGGAGUCAUCAAAUGAGAAUAAUAAUAAUAAUACUAGUCACUCAAUUGAAUGUACCACAUUACCAGUACAAGAUAUAAUACGUAAAUUUGGCAGUCUACUUAUGAGUAAUGCAAAAAUAUCAAAUCAAUGCAACACAACUUCUAAUGUACAAAGUACUUUAUCAUCUACAAUACGACCAAAUUCAAUCAAUGACUGUAUACCUCAUAACAACAAUACUAAUAAUGUAAACAAAUCAACUAAUCACAAGUACAAUCAACCAACACUAUCUACUAAUUCACAAUAUUCACCUAUCACUACUGGUCUAGCUACAUCAACUGUUCUCGCAUCACAAAAUAAUGCAACACAAGAAGUUGUCAUGUCAACUACAUCAUCAUCAUCAUCAUCACCAUUGUUAAAUAGAAAUAUAAAUCAAAGUAGUUCAUCCAAUAUGAAUCAUUCAUAUCAAAUGAUGAAUAUUCCAUCGGGGAAAUUAUCAAAACGGAAUGUCUGUGCAAACAAUCAUAUAUCAACUACUUUACCUUAUCCAUUCUCGUCUAAUUCUACCAAUGUUACCAUUACCACUACUACUACUACCAUAACUACUAUGUCCAAUCAUCAUAAAUCGUUUAUUGAUUCAUUAUAUGUUAAUGGAAAGUUUCUAAAUGAUAAAUGCUCUAUAUCGACUAAUUCAUCUUAUCAAUCUACAUCGACAGUUCUUCCAGAGGAAUAUUAUCAAACAAAUUCAUCAUGUACAACAUUUAAUUCUGGUAAUGGAAAUAUACCUAAUGGAUUAUCAAAACUACAAAAUCGUGUUCAUUCUUCACAUUGUACUAUUAAUAAUGAUGUAAACAAUUCCACAAAUCAUUAUAUUCACAGUCAACAAUCACAACAUCAUCAACAGUUGAAUUCACAUGUUGUUCAUCAAUUUAAUAGUACAACAUUGUUACAACCUCGUUCAUCUUCUGAUUGUCCAUCGAAUUCAUCUUUUAUUCAUGUACAAUCAAUGAAUUUGGAUCCACAAACAUUGACCAUAUUUAAUCAAUUCAAUAUUGUUGAUGCCAAUCAAAUACCAGGUUAUCAUCCUAUUUCAUCGAAUCUGCCUGAUUGGAAAAUUCAUCGAUUAGAAAGAAAAAAUCGUGAUGCAGCUAAUAUUUAUGCAGAUGAAUUAAAGAAAUGGGGUCUUGUACCACAUUGGAAACGUGAAUUAAUUGAAAAGAAACAAUUGAAUAAAAUGGAAACAAAUCCUCAUCAAUCGCAACAUUACAAUAAUGAUACAUCAUUAACAACAACAACAACAACAACAAAUGAAUUAGCUGAAAAACUUCAACGUCGUUUAGAUAAAGUUACUAAAGCAACGAUUGAAUAAUUUCAUUAUUGAAUUCUGUAUUCAUGAAGUAACCAAGGUUUCUUGUUAUCAUUAUUAUUAAUAAGGUAUUACAUAAUUCUUAAUGGUGUUCACUAAUUAUUCUUUAUUUAUAUGAUUGAUCUUUAUUUUCUGGCUACUGAUCACGCUUGUUUAGAUAAUAGUUUUAACUUAUUCUGUUUCUAUGGUGCCUUUUAUUUAGAAUUCAGGUAACUGUGUAGUAGUAGUAGUAGUAUUAUUAUUAUUAAUAGUAGGGUAUAACAGCUAUUAUGAAGUGUAUACUUGUGAGAACUAUAGUAUAGUAUAGUAUGUGCUACUGAUGUUGACAGAUAUAAGUAGUAUGUAUAUGGUUAAUCGAAAAUAGAAAUGCUUGAUGUCAGUAAGUUGAGAUCGUCGAAGAGAACAACAACAACAACAACAACAACGAAUGAUUGACAUGGAAACGAAAGAAUCAUCAAAUCUAAGCCAAUGAAUGAAUAUCUCUACAAUUCAAUUAUUUACUGUAUGAUCCAAUAAGAUUUCAAUAAGAUAUUCUAUUAUUUUGUGUAUUCUUAUUCAAUACACUAUUCAUGCUUUAUGAACUCGAUUCAUAAUCGAAUCAAGAUCAUUGAUGGUGUUUGUUUUUUGUUUUUCUUUUCUCUUUGAUAUUUCAAUGCUAUUGAAUAUUGAUCAGUUGUUUGUUUGAUCGAUUCAUUGAUUUGAAUAUGAUUGAUUAUGGAUCUAUUUUAUUGCGUCUUGAAUAAAUCUUACCUGAAUACUAUUGACAAUCAUAUCAAAUCAUGAACUCUAUAUUAUUACUUCUAUAAUAAAUCGAUAAUGAUAACCAAUCAUUAAUAAUUAUUCAAAUAAUGAUAAUCAUUUCAAUGAUUAAAAAAAAAACUUUACUCUUUCCAUUCUAUGGAUCUUCAAAUGACGUAUAUUUGUUUAAUUAGUUGGGUUAAUUUUAUUAAUGAUUAUAAUAUGGUUCAAAGUUUAUAAUACAUACUGGUUGUGAGGACCGUGAGAUGAUAGAAAUCGAUGGUUAGAGACGUUGAAUGACAUGGUUGAAAAUCGUUUGAAAUGGUGUGAGCAGGUGCAUACACACUCUUUGUGGUCUUCCAAAUUUUGAUCUUCUGAUUCCUCCUUGUCUCGUUUUUCUUUUCCCAAGUUUAUUUCACUGGAUUAUACUCCUUGAAUAACAUCUUCAAACCCUAAUCUUUCCGAUUACUGCUUAUAUUCUUACCGCCUCUAUCACUACGGGAUUUGAAUCGACAAUUGUAUCUGUGUGGUAAUGUGGUAUGACCACUCGAACUGAUGUACGUAUGUACGAAGUUCUACGUUGUUACUGACUGACUAUAAUACAAACUAAUUCAAUG